AUGACAGCAUGGUUUCAUGUGCUCUGCAAUAUUGAUGACGAGAUCGAGCGACUGGACAGUGAAAGGACGAGAGCGAUACUGGCAUGUUCGAUCUCGAUGCUGCGAGACGCUAGUCCAGACCAGGAAGAGUACAACCAUGACACGGCGGCGCCGGUUCAUGCUGCGGCAAAGAUCAAUGUGUGCACUAGCGAGUCUCAAGACCCUAGCCGUGACCGGAUCAUCGCUCUCUCGCAGAGUCUUAUCGAACAGUGCCAAUCGCACUUGCCUGGGCACGCUCUAUCUAGAGUUCUCUCCGACAUCAUCGACGUAUUGGACGCAUUGAGUCUGGAGUCUGAGAUCCGCGACAGCCUCGUGGCUCCUUCCACCGCAGAGUAUCUCAGUCUCAGAGUCCGAACGAUCGGAAUCUCACCAUUCUUCACGAUUCUGGAGACAGGUCUACUGGACCAUGAUCGCAAAGAGUUUCAAGACCUCGGCCAGCGUGUGCCGUGCAAUGUGACAGAUGAAAGUCCUCAGGACUACGACAUCAACAAUAUCGACACUUCUGCUUUCUGGACCUCGCAACACCACGUACAAUUUCGUGGCUACGUCAAUCGCAUCAUCGGGCUACAGAACGACAUCGUUGGACUACCCAAAGACUUGGAGAACAACGAGAUGAUGAAUGUCAUCUUACUGCUCGCCGAUCAUGGCAGCAACCUUAAAAAUGGCGACGAACGCGUACAGACAGCGCGAUCCUUAGCUGUGGCCAUGCACAACACUGCGGUGCAAGAGGCGAUGACUCUGUGGGCAAGUGUAAAGGCAUCUUAUUGCUCGCAUGCGGCUACAGUAUACGUGGACUCAUUACUAGCAUUUACACUCACGCACUUCAAGUGGGCGAAACGUACAAAUCGAUAUCAGCCGAAGCAUAGACUCAUCUCAGACAUCGUUGUGGGUGCCACUGAGCGCACGGCAAAGGUGAUGACCAAAUUCAGAGCGAUAAGGAACAACAAGAAGCAAGAAACAGGCGUCCAUACAAUAACGUAG